AUGAACACGAUUCUCACUCACAUCAUUAAUCCUCUAGCAUAUAUUGUCCCAGUACUUCUAGCCGUCGCAUUCCUAACACUUCUAGAACGAAAGGUAUUAGGAUAUAUACAGUUACGAAAAGGACCAAACAUCGUUGGACCAUAUGGCCUCCUUCAACCAAUCGCCGACGGAGUAAAACUAUUUAUUAAAGAACCAGUACGCCCUUCAACCGCAUCCCCAUUCCUAUUUUUAGCUACCCCAACUCUUGCAUUAACCCUGGCCUUAACACUAUGAGCCCCCAUGCCAAUGCCUUACCCAGUAGUAGAACUAAACCUAGGAAUUCUAUUUGUACUAGCCCUAUCAAGCCUAGCAGUUUACUCAAUCCUGGGCUCAGGCUGGGCUUCAAAUUCAAAAUAUGCCCUAAUCGGGGCCCUACGUGCCGUAGCCCAAACAAUUUCAUAUGAAGUAAGCCUAGGUUUAAUUCUUCUUUCAAUUAUCAUUAUCGUCGGAGGGUUCAACCUAAAAACAUUCAACAUCGCACAAGAAGCAACAUGAUUAAUAGCCCCAGCCUGACCACUAGCAGCAAUAUGAUAUAUCUCAACACUAGCUGAAACAAACCGAGCCCCAUUCGACCUUACAGAAGGGGAAUCAGAAUUAGUAUCAGGCUUUAACGUAGAAUAUGCAGGAGGACCAUUCGCCCUAUUCUUCCUAGCCGAAUACUCAAAUAUCCUAUUAAUAAACACCUUAUCAACAAUUCUAUUUCUAGGAGCAAUACACACCCCGCUAAUUCCAGAAUUAACAACAAUAAACCUAAUAAUAAAAGCCACCAUACUUUCCAUUAUAUUCUUAUGAGUACGGGCCUCCUACCCCCGAUUUCGGUACGACCAGCUUAUGCACCUAAUAUGAAAAAACUUCCUACCAUUAACCCUAGCCCUACUUAUCUGAAACCUAGCCUUACCCAUUGCCAUGGCAGGCCUCCCCCCAAACAACUAA